AUGCAGGCAAAGAUCUCUGCAUUGAAAGACAAGUUUUCCAACUUCCAAGCGCAAUGGGAUGAGGAUACCAGGAGUCGCAUAGACCGGGAUGGUUCCAAGCUCGAUGGCGUCAGGGCAAAUAUGAUGAAAGCCGUCGAAUCUGUGCAAACAGAGGUGCACAGGCGUGCUGAGGCAAACCGUGCCCUGGCAUCAAUGUUCGACGCACAGGUGCAUGCCAUACAGGACCGAUUGGAGACCGUCUUUACGGCGAAGCUGGAUCAGUUGGACUCUAGCCUGGAGCUGCUUGGGCACCGCAUGGCCGCCGUGGAGCGGGACUUCGCGGAGACGCGCGAGAAGCAGAUCCGGGACAUUGACAAGAGGAAGGCCCUGCUUUCAAAGGAUGUCUUCGAAUGUGUUGCCGCACAUCAGCAGGAGAAAGUCGACCGCAAAGCCUCUUGCACUGCAUGCUCCAAAACCCUGUCCGAAUUCGAGGCUCAGACGUCCGCUGCUCUCAAAGCUCAGGCGCAGCGGCGCGAGCAGAAGUACCAGAAUCUCAGAGCAGAGCUGGACAACAUCAAGCAGCAGAGGGACUCAGGGGAUGACACGAUCACCGCUUACAUUGACCAAAAGGUGGCGGCGGUGGAGGCGCAACUGCAGGUCGAGACUGCCCAGAGAUCGCAGGCCGACGACGACAUCUUGCAGGCGCUGAGACACUACACCACCUGCCUUCAGGACGCCCUUCGCAUCAUCAAUCAGCACUGA